GCUUAGGGUUAUUAGAACAGCUGGCACUUAAGAAGGUUCUUCCGGUACAUAGCAGAAUAAGCUGGUGGCAAGUGUUAGAGAUUGGUGGUUAGGGAGUUAGUGGUUAUAGGGGUUAGUAGUUAGCAAAUAGGGUAGGGGGGAUUUUUCCCUAGCAUCGAAUAGCUUUGUUUUAUUCACCGAGAUUUUAAAGAUCAGCCAACUAAACCAAGCAUGGGUCCAUCUAAAGGAGAUGCAGAGUUUCGCCACCAACGCUCGUUUGAAUACGGGGUUAGAGGUAAAAAGGGAAAAGCUCCAACUUGUAGAGGUUGUCAAACAAGGAUAGAAACAGGGAAUGGGAGAAUUACCAUAUCGUUCCCAAACAGUGACAGUGAUGCAAACAAAACUCACCCUUACACGAAUUAUUAUCAUAUACCAUGUGUAUUCCUGAAAUUACACAGAGAAACCGAAAGGAACGAUAAUUACAGAUACAUAAAUUCGAUAAGGGAUAUACGGAAUUGCGAUUCGCCAAAUGAGUCUGACUGUGGCCUUAUAAACGAGCUUAUUAUGGAUGUUGAUGGAAAAGGAAAACUGAAAGAAUCGCGUAAAUGGAAACAAUGGAGAGAGCAAAAGAAAAGUUCAAGUCAAGCAUCAGCGUCAAACAAUGGAGACAAAAAAGGAAGCAGAAAACGAAGCAAUUCAAAAAUAAGCAAUGAAAUAGCUUCAAAAACAUCAUCAAUGAAUUCUAAAAUAAGAAAAGCUUGUUUCCAGUUGCAGAUCAAACCAGAGGUUCAAAAUGAAGACCCGCUGGAGAAAGAAAAAUUCCCUCCUACAGAGAUACGGGAGUAUAAAGCAGAUGAACUUGAAACUGUUCGUGGCAUCCUUGGAAGUGGUGGAUUUGCAACAGUACGUCUUGUGUUUCACAAGUCGUUUGGAAUGUAUGCGAUCAAGUGUAUGAAGUCUUCCAAGAAGGAAUGGGAAAACAUGGAAAGGGAAAUUAAGUUGCUUGAGGUUGGAAGACACGACAACGUGUUAUGCUUGAGGGGUUAUACAGUAUGGACGAGGUCUUGUGGGAUUAUCAUUGACUACAUGCAAGGUGGUGAUCUUAAAAGUCUUCUUGAAAUGGAGAACAUUCAAAACAUCAAGCCUUCUCUUAAACUGAGGUUCAUGUCGCAUGCUGCAAGUGGAAUAAGAUUUUUGCAUAAUGCACAAGAGAGAAAGAGGAUUGUUCAUCAUGACCUGAAGCCAGAAAACUUCCUUUUGGAUCAAAAUCUUAAACUAGUGAUCAGUGAUUUUGGUGGUUCGGUGUUGGGGACAAAGACAAUUGGUAUGGCUGGCAGAACAAGAGGAAAAGAAAAUCUGCACCACACGCCUAUAUAUACGGCACCAGAAUUGUUUGAUACCUUUCUUAAAACAAAAUCCAACUCAAGUUCUGAUGUUUACAGUUUUGCAAUUUGCAUUCAUGCUACACUAACACGCACUAUGCCUGAACUUGGAAAGUUAACGGCAAAGGAAUUCCAAGAAAAAGUGAAGCAAGGGGAUCGACCGCAUCUUGGAGAUAUUGGCGCUUUGAAGCAAAAUCUUGAGGAAGAUAAAGUUGAAUGGGAGAAUGUUCAAUGUCUCGAGAAAAUUAUGAUAGAGUGUUGGGAUAAGGAACCAAGUGCGAGGCCGAACAUGGUUGACGUGGAUGACCGCUUGAUGAAACAGCUUGACUUUAAUAAAGACGUCCAAGAGCACGCUAAUGAAGUUUACAGGAUGAUGGCGCUCAAUUCUCAGUCACAGUCUACCCAGGAACAGCGUUACCCCCUAACAGAUUUUCGCUUUCCAUUUAAAGAUCCUGAAAAAAAGAAGAAGAAAUAAAAAUAGUUUUUAUUUUGUGAUGACAAAAUAGUUAUUUUUAUGGUUAAUUUGUUGUGUAAAAGUGUAUAAGUGAGGCAAUGCUGUAAUUUAUAAUACUCGAUUUAUAAUCAGUUAUAAUCUUGCAGUAUCAUUUGUAAGUAUCUGCUUAUUUUAAUCAACAGUGAACUUUUAAAUCAUCUUUAAUUAAAUUGCUGUAGAGUUGUCAUGUACCUUCAAACGUUUUUGCUUUUAAUAAUUCCUAUAUGUUCCUAUUUUGCUUUAUAUAUGCACCUAACUCUUCACUGCUGAGUGUAAUUCUAGUUUGAAAUAAAUCCUUUGUCGCGACAGUCUACGUCACAUGUAACGUUUAUGACGUGUGUAUACAUUGUGUGUUGUAACUGAGAGUAAAAAUACGAAAUAUUGU